UAUAUAUUUAAGAAAGAAAGUGAGGUAAUGAAUGGGUUAGUUAGAUGAUGGAAGAUGGUAGUACAUUCUCGUCGGCGAAGAUAUCCGUUUGGUGGGACAUAGAAAACUGUCAAGUCCCACGAUACUUCAACGACGCUAAUUCCAUCGCUCAAAAUAUCACCACCGCUCUCUUCAACUCCAACUUCCAUGGCCCACUUUCCAUUUCCUCUUACGGUGACACCACUCGCAUCCCCUCCCACGUUCAACACGCGCUUUCUUCCACCGGCAUUUCCCUCCAUCACGUCCCCGCCGGGGCGAAAGAUGCUAGUGAUAAGAAGAUACUUGUUGAUAUGUUGCUAUGGGCUAUUGAUAACCCUGCACCUGCUAACUAUUUGUUAAUUUCUGGUGAUAGAGAUUUCUCAAACGCUCUUCAUCAACUUCGUAUGAGAAGGUAUAACAUUCUUCUUGCUCAACCUUUUUGUGCUUCUAAACCUCUUACCGCUGCGGCGAAAAUCGUUUGGCAAUGGCCUACACUCAUUGCUGGUGGUCCUCCUUUCUUAACUGAACCAAACCCUAAUUGUUCUAGGAAACUUUUCUAUCAACCUAAACCUGAGACUGAUCAUAACAACAACAAUAAUGAUACUAGUUCUGUUGCUAAUUCUGAACAAGUUAAGACUUCAAAGUUGUUUAGAUUAGCCCCACAUGAAUUCUUUUCUAGUAAUCACCCUACAAUAAUCCCAAUUAGUAGUACUAAUCUCCAAACUCACAAUCAGGACUCAACUAAAAGCAUUACUGAUUUUAAUGUUCAUAAUAAUCAAUUAAUGCUUCCACUUUCUCAUGGUAAUGAUGAUGCAACCCAUGUUGGAAAUGCUAGUUCUGAACAAUUGUUGGGUUCUAAUGUAAGGAAAGUGAAGAGUAUGCCAACAAUAUCAACUUAUGAGAAUUUGCAAGGACUUGUGGAUGUUAUUCUAGUCACUUUGAAUACACUGAUGAAUGAAAUGGUUUUUCCUACUGAAGGAAAUAUAAUUCAUUGCAUUCGUUAUGGUGAUCCCAAAUAUGAGACACUUGAUAUUAGGAAAGGUUUGCAUUGUGCAAUUGAGCAACAGAAGGUGGUUAAACGAGUAUUUGGCACAUUGCGUUUGUAUAUUGUUGCAAAUGAGAAUCUAUGGAAGUGUGUCAACCCUUUACGUGGUUUGCCCAGUCAUUUCCCAGAUGCAAUCUGGGUUAGGAUUGAGAAAUUUCUUGCUUCAUCUUCAGGAAGAUCAGCGAUUUUGGCGUCUUGUAACAGAUAUGAAGCUUCAUUAAUUCUAAAGAAAUUGUGUCUUGAAGAGCUUGUGUUGGGUGAUGUACUUAAGAUUUUGGAGAUUAUAAUCACAAUCAAGAAAUGGAUUAUACCUUAUCAUUCUAGAUGGCAGCCGAUUACCAUUUCACUUACAGAGACUAAUGAUGAUAGUUGAUGAUACAGAUAGUAUUUCUGGUCUUAAUAUAGCAAAUCAAUGUGAAGUUUGAAAUGGAUAUGAGCUUUUCCAUAGUUAGGGAUAUGCAGAGAAAUUCAUGGCAAUUCUUUGAAUCAUGAAUAGCUUCAAGUCAUAUACCUUUUCUACAUUCCCAUCUGCUUACUGGUGGGGACUUUUUGUUGGUAUAGAAGAUAUAUAACUUUUUGUACAUUUCCAUCUGCUUACUGGUGGAUUUUUUGAUGGUAUAGAAAAUGAGUGCAACAUUGACCUGCCUUUAUAUGUUGGGGAAUUCUCUUCAAUCUCAAAUCUUUUUCCCUGCAGUUAAGCUA